AUGUUCAUGUCCCUGCCGGCGACAACAUUCCUCAGACGUUCACUUGGUGUCCGACACCCCUUCUUCGCUGACCUAAGCCACUCGCAAGCCGGGGCUCAUAGUCAUAGUCCCGACGAUUCCGUCUUGCUUCCGUCUCACACAUCGCCCCCUGUUUCUCCCCGCUGCAAAUCCGCGACGCCUGCUCUCGCCGCCAUCAUCGGAUCCAUCUCGUUACUCGGCCGUAUGGCUUCCGGUCAUUUCUUCGACGAAAAAACGAGACAAGCAAUUGACCAAGCCUUCAGCAAUGUCACUCUUUCCAACGAAACCCUGCACUCCCACGCGAACAAGCUCCUCGGGGUGUACGACGACCCGUCUCUCGCUGCGCUGAACACGCCUAGGUGGGCGUCCCGAAUAGCGCAAGUCUCAGCAAAGGUCCCUAUCUUCACCGCUACACGUUUCUUCCACUCGCUCUACCAGACGGCAGAUGACCUCGGUCUCACAUCUGGGAAGCGAUAUGUGUCGGCUGCGAUCUGCACAUGCGCCGGCGAUGCUUUUUGUGGAACCGACCCCAAGGCAAUAGCGGAGCGAUUGGCAGAACUUGCGUCGGCUUGGGCAGCGUUCGUACUCUGGCCUAGCACCUGA